GGCUUUCCUUGCGUUCAGGGCGGACCAACUCUGGUUUAUAGUCUCGAGGCAUUGCCCAAAAAACUGUGCAGAAGUUAAACAAAAAAUAAUACUUGUUCCGCUAUCCGUUGUGGCGUGCAUUUUCUGUAUCACUGAACUGGUGUGUUCCUCUGUAAAGGUAGACUGCGUUUUGCAGACCAAUGAACCCGUGAAAAUAGUUCUAUGCUGCGUUACAUCCUAGGAGGGAUAAUAUUUGUCGUCGGAAAAUGGAGCAGCAUUUGUCGGCCCCUUAGGAAAGCUUAUUCGAUUGGAUUACAUGUAAAGUGACUAAAAAUGGGGAUUUUUCUAACUCAUCAGUGCCGAGAUGAAAAAUGCUGAUUUUUGAAGAGGAAAAAAAGAAAAAUUGUUCCCCGUCGAGUGCUACCGAGAUUACCGCAGCUGUUGUAUGUGAUGUGUGAGAAAAAAGUAAAGUUUUUCGUAUGAUUGUGAUAGCCUGAACGAAAAUGGCUGCGAGAAGUCUUUGUUAUGAAUGCUACAAUCAGUAAGAGCAGUUAGACCACGAGCAAACAACAAACCAGUUAUAACUAGGACGGGUGGUUCCACGGAGUACUCAAGCUACGACCAUACAGUAAGCCCUUCGGGAAGAACCUAUUUUCCACCUUUUUUCGGUUCUCUUUGUCGUUUCUCGAGAGCAUGUAACACUACUAGGAAACGAUGGAAAAAUGAACUACUCGUAUGCAGCAGAAGAACUUGGGAGAAGAACAUGAAAAACAACGCCAAUAUCUAGCAGAGUAGGCGACAAAUGCGACUAUCGCCGCGGCAGAAAACAGUGAAUUUGUGUUUACGAUGGACGACGCUAUUGCUGCUGCAGCUAUUAUUACUAUUGGUGGAGCGGGUGACGUGCGUCGUAGCAGGCCAGUUGCUGUAGGAAUCCUUCCGAGAAAUUGAGAUGCAUGCUUCACAAUAGUGAAUGGAGGCGAUUUGAAUGAAUCAAAUUGACGUGCAAAUAGAGGAAGCAAACAACCAAUUCAGAAGACACGUUCGUGACAUAAACCAUAUUUGCUCGCUACAGAGGAGGUUCCCUUGUGAUAUCUAGUUUUUAAGGCAUGCAAAAACAUCUGAAUGGGAACAGAUUAGUGGAUUCAAAACCGCGCUCAACUCUAACAACAACAACUGAACUGUAGAAAAUUGAACAACGCAUCAUGACUAGUAUAACGUUCAAAACGACAACAACGACCGGCGGUGAUGCGAAUGGUUGUAUCGCGGCAGCAGCUUCGUCAUCCUCAUCGGCGGUGGCCGCCGUAUCACUCAUGUCGGACAAGUCGAUCACUAUGACUCCGUCACAGCUAGCUUCGGCUACAACGGCAGCCGCUGUUGCGGCAGCGGUGAGCAACCCGUCGAGUGCACUGUUUGCGGCCGCUGCCGCAGCCGCUGUACAGCAGCAGCAGCAACAUCAGCAGCAACAACAACAACAUCAACAUCAACAGCAGCACAACAACAACUAUCAGAGCAAUAGCAGUAGCAGUAGCCUAUACAGUAAUGACAACAAUAGCAAUAAGGCUCCAUCGAGUGACAAGCUCAGUAGUAGUAGUAGCAGUGGGAUUGGCAGCGCAGCAAGCGGCACGGGGGAAGAAUACGAGAGGGCCAAAUAUAAGACGCCCCAGGAAGUGAUGCUGUUGUAUAUGGAUAAGUUGACCCAAUACGAGCACCAUGAGAUCUACCAGUAUCCCAAAAUUUAUUUCAUAGGCGCGAAUGCUAAGAAGAGGAGAGGUAUCAGUAACUCAGAGUACGACAAUGAGCAAGGAUCGUACAUUCAUAUUGCGCAUGACCAUGUCGCGUAUCGUUACGAGGUGCUGAAGAUUAUCGGCAAGGGCAGUUUCGGACAGGUGGUGAAAGCAUACGAUCACAAAAAUCACCAGCAUGUGGCGCUCAAAAUGGUACGAAAUGAGAAACGGUUCCAUAGGCAAGCUCAAGAAGAGAUACGAAUCCUGAAACAUCUGCGAUCGCAGGAUCGAAUGAAUUCGAUGAAUAUAAUACACAUGUACGAUUAUUUCGUUUUUCGAAACCACAUGUGCAUCACGUUCGAGCUGCUGUACAUCAAUCUGUACGAGCUAAUCAAAAAGAACAAAUUCCAGGGAUUCAGCAUACAGCUGGUUAGAAAAUUUGCUCACUCUCUGCUAAAGUGCUUGGAUGCGCUGUUUAAGAAUAAGAUUAUUCAUUGUGAUAUGAAACCGGAGAAUGUGUUGCUAAAGCAGCAGGGACGCUCCGGUAUCAAAGUGAUCGAUUUCGGCUCAUCUUGUUUCGAGCAUCAACGGGUCUAUACCUACAUCCAGUCGAGGUUCUACCGGGCGCCAGAGGUUAUUCUGGGUGCUAAGUACGACAUGGGGAUCGAUAUGUGGUCUCUUGGCUGUAUACUCGCUGAACUAUUCACCGGAUUCGCACUUCUACCUGGGGAAGACGAAGCGGAUCAGCUGGCUUGUAUCAUCGAGCUCAUAGGUAUGCCUCCGAAGAAAAUCCUCGAGAAUUCUAAACGAGCGAAAAACUUCAUCUCUGCUAAAGGCUAUCCCCGGUACUGUAACGUUAAGACUACAGACAAUGGGAUCAAUAUACUAACGGGUGGCUUUUCCCGUCGGGGAAAACUUAGAGGACCACCUGGAUCUCGUAGUUUGGUAAAGGCACUUAAUGGAUGUGAUGAUCCACUUUUCCUCAACUUUAUCGAACGCUGCUUACGGUGGGACCCAGCAUUGCGCAUGACUCCGGACACGGCGUUAAAUCAUUUCUGGUUCCGACGAUUACUGCCUCCGUCGCCGAAUGUGGCGACCAUCACCACCACCAGUAGUCCUUCCACAUCAAGCAACUGUCAAAAUAGCCAUAUAAAUAAAGUACUGAAUAUCGCGUACGCGUACGCGGACCAGCAGGCAUCAUCCCUAGUGACCACAUCCACUUGCAACUCCCUGGUGGCGUCCCACCAUGGGAACUCCAGCUCGCUACAGUCCCUGCAGUCGGCUUCGCUUACUUCUUCAGCGAUCAGCAUUCCAGCGGUGAGUGGUAGCGUAGGAGCUAUGGGUGGCGUUGGAAUGGUGGGAGGAGGUGGAGGAACGCUUGGUCGGUCGGCAGCGACCACCAUCAUCGAUAUUCCGUACAACCCAAAUGACAAGAAAAGACUUCUCAACUCUCCGCAAGCGGCAUCCUCGUUAACAUCCAAUCCGGGUCUUGCAACCACUUCCUUCGUCGACUAUGGUUUCACUUAAGAACGAACUAACCAGGCAGCUUUGCUUGCAGCGCCGCGACGAAAUUCUGAAACAUAUAUUUUAUGUUGAACUUUUUAUACCCCUCUAUUUUGUCGGAAAACCAACAACAAACAACAACAACAACAACAACAGUGGUCGUUAUCGAGUGAGUGAUUGAUGCUGUCAGAGUAUACUUCAAAAGUAGCAUAUCGAGAUUAUGAUUGACAGGAUUGUGUGCGUGUGUGAACGCAACAGGAAAAAAAAAUCAAAUCUUAGGGGGUCCGGAACAAACCAAACCAGCUGUGGGGAUGGAUAGCGCAGGACUAACGUUAGUAAAUGCAUCGUGUCGUGUAAUUUGUAGGGUUAGCUAAGAAGAUGUGACAUCAGCAAUGAGAUUGUGCGUGUGUAGAGAAGGCUUUUAAAAAAAAUCUACAAACGACAAUUAAAAAGAAUAUACCUAAUUACAAUUAACGAAGAAGAAAGUAAAAUAACAUAAGCAUAAAGGCGAAAAACACUCAUUAACUGAUAGGAUCUGACGUUGGAGGUAAUAAAUUUAUUCUAGAUUGGUAAUGUAAUUUAAUUUGCUCUAGUGGAUAGGUAAAUAAUUAGCAAAAUGCGAAGAUGGAUGAGUGUACCAUAGCGGGAUGAGGAGGAGGAUAACCCAAACCGCCGCGCCUUGGUGUGUCGCAAGGGCGCGAUAUUUGUAAAACGGACGCUGGACAACGGCUAAACAAAACAGUUUGAAAUCAUCAUUUACAGUUUGUUUUUAUACUAAUAUGACACGGCUAAGGAAGGAACCUGUGAAAAUCUAAAAAAAAACAAAACCAAUAUGGAAUUUAUAUCAGUUAAUAGUGACUUUUUGUAAUGGCUAAUGUAGAGUACUGGAAUGAGCCGAGUGCUAAAUGGGAAGCGCAUAGUGCGAAACAAUGUGAUGUGUGUGUGCGUGCGUAUGUCUUGUGACUGAGAAUUACUCCAAUUUUGUGUAUUGCUCCGCAGAAGGAAGCAACACAAACACUCAACAACAAUAAAUGAGAAAAGUUGACGACAAAAUUAAAAUGUAACGAAUGCUAGUGGAACACAUUUUAGUAGCGCAAACUAAAAGCAGAAUAAUCAUUUGUAUCAAAGUGCAGUAAUCCAUAGAAAUAUUGUCAGCGUAAAUCUUUUCCAAUGAAACAAAGAAAAAAGGCUGUAGAGUACACGCGCAUAUCGACUGCAAAAUUCUACCGAACGAAUAGAGAGCUGUUGCAUUUGUUAAACUGAGCUGAAAUUGGGCAUUUUUUUCGUACACAGAAGUAUGAAUCAACGCAUUCUUUUCAAAACUGCCGAGCUACUACCAUUUUAUUCCACACAUCAUUGUGCAUCUACUCCGCUCCGCUCUGAUGGCAUUUUGCUCUCUAAUAGCCCGUAAUAGUAAUCGUGGUAGUGUCUUAUCUGAUUGCCUGAAAGCGUCUUCAUUAUCAUCGUCCACUAAGUUUUCGUCUGAAAGCUUUGAAUAGUUUUCUUCAAGAUGCGCGACAAUUGCUAAGGAUAAUUCCGAAAUCAAUACCUAAAAACCAGAAUUCUCAUUUAACUCUAGCAGCAUGAUCACAUUAGAAAAUAUGCAACGAAUAAAAGGAAAAUGUUGUGAAAAUACAUUUUAGGGAAUCUUGAAGAGUAGAUAUUCGGGAUAGAAACAAAAUCUUUUAUGAUAGUGGAGGAACCAAAUGAGAUAUAUCACUAAAAUAGCUUUUACGCGAAUGUUCGGACAGAGAACUGGUAAAAUUGGUUGAAGGGGAUUUUUUCAGUUGGAAUAAAGUUUUUUACGACCUGAAUUGAAUCUAAAAAUCGAGCCCACACUAUGUUUCCAGUUCAAGUUUAUAUUCACCGUUUUACUCUUAGUCCAGCUAAGUUAAGAAUUCCGUCAUGAUCCGAUAUUAUCUAAAUUAUUUUGUUUCAUUUUUAUAUGCUUUCGGAAACACCACAAAGUGAAUGACAGCUACACAUAGAAUUUGGACAGAAAAAAGCAAUCUGAAUUCUGAGACGAGAGCUCUAAGUUUUCUGAAGCCGAUACCGAUGAGGCUCUAUUCUACAGGGUGUUCAAUAAGUUCGUAUACAUUUGGAAAUGUGUUAAAAAAUGAAAAUACAAGAUAUUCAUUUCUGAGUCAAUGUUUAUUGAGGCAAAGUUUUUUGAGAACCUUUACGACGUAUUAGCUCCCGCCCUCCUUUUUGUGCUGUAUGACGCGCUUGAGACAAAAGCAUCGCACGCGGCACACACCUGGUCCAUCGGCAUCUUGUCCCAGAUUUUGGAAAUGAGCUUUUCAGAUUGGUCUAUAAGGCUUACUUUAUGUUCGCUCUGAUUGGCCCGCAUGUUCGAACAUACAUAAAAGUCCAGGGGAUUAAGUUUCGGGGGGCUGGGAAGGCGCAAAGCUUUAUGGAGAAAAUCAGUCAAAUUCUCCAGACACCACGCUUGGACGAUAUUCGUCGUGUGAACCGUCGUGCUGCACCGUACCGUUGAAAAAAUUAAUGGGCCCCAUUAUGAUUGUUUCGAAUCGAAGAUUCGUCAUGAUGAUGGGUGCUACAUCCCAUGAAGAGAUUUGAUCUUGUCCAAUGUUCUACCAAUGAACCCGGUCCAUUGCUGCAGUUAUUCAAUUCCCGGCUGCAUCGAUUUUGCAAAGUUCUGUUUUAUCUGGUCCAACCACCUUUCUCGAUGGACUCCUCUUCUUCUUGUUCCCAUCUGAUUCGACGUGAACACCAUCCUUGCAGGGCUACUGUCCGCCAAUCUUGCAACAUGCCCUGCCCAUCGCAGUUGUCCACCCCUGGCGACUUUUUGGAUGCUGUGUUCGCCGUAGAGUUGCGCCAGAUUUUUGGUUAGGAUGGUGUGAACACUUCCCUCGCUGAUGUUUAACUCGUCGGCCAACAUUUCAACAUUAGCACGUGCAUUGGAGGCCACAGCAACGCGCACUCGCUCGAUGUUCCCAUCAGUGGCGCAAGUGGAGGAAGUGGAAGUGGAGUGGACCAACGACUCCCGACCGGCUUUGAAACGCGCAUACCACUCGAACACUUUACUACGACUAAGACAUCCAAUUCCAUACGCGGUUUGUAACAAUGCGAGGGUUUCGUUUGGAGUUUUCUUCAAUUUAAAACAAAUUUUGAUGGCAACUCUCUGCUCCAUAAUUAAAAUUGUUUCGCGACAAAAAAUCACUGUGUUACUCUUAUCAGCCAAAACUAGCUACUGAAUCGAGAUAGCGGUUUGAAAUUUGAACGGUAGCUGGCCAGACUUUGGCGGAAAGUAGUUCGCGCGUUGAAGUAGAGAUAGCGCCACUUCCCGAUUUAAGCGUGCGGUAGUCCCGGAACUUUUUGAAUGCACUGUGUAAACUGACUAACCUUGUUGAAAAUCGUCCCCGGCCUGCUCUCCGCAUAACAUCUUCCAGCACUACGUUGGAAGACAACAUGGGGGUCCAUCGGCAUGUCUAAAUUCCCUGGGAGUCUCAAACGAUUUCGACAGAUCGCCUGAGAUUAGCACAAUGUACCGCACACCGUUCAUCGUUGCCUGAAGCAGUCUUGUAAGCUUUCGGGGAAACCCGUGUUCGUCCAUGAUUUUCCAUAGCUGUCGUCGGUCGAUUGUAUUACAUGCGAUCAUGAAGUCGAUGAAGAUGUGGUGUGUAAAAAUGUAAAAAUCUGAUCCGGCGUCGAGCAACAGGUCAUGAAUCCGAUAUUUUAUGUGAUUACAAAUAUACACGAUACAUACUUCGAUUGAUAUUAUAUGCGAUUAUGAUUUAUUCGGAUUUCUUGUAAGACUUGGCACUUGCAAAAUUAUACGAUUUAAUGUUUGCUGGGACCCUCCGACUUUAUCUGCCACAUCCCUGAUCGAUAAGUUUGGAUUCCUCGUGUAUGUCCUCUUCACCGCUUUGAUUGUCUGUUCGACCGUCGGGAUGCGGUUUCCUCCACAUCCAGGCUUCCGAGUUGUGGUCAAACUCUCCCCAAACACUCGAAUCACUUUUGACACCGCAAAUUGAGCGUUUUCGCUAACUGAUUAUACGACAGAAGCGGAAAUUCUCUUUCGUGGAGGCAAUUUUGACAACUGAAGAGCGUGCGCCGAAAAGUAAGUAGGCACAUCAUUCUACACACCUGUGCCAACAACAAUAGGGGUUCCCAUUUUUUUCGUUGAAGUUAAGCACUUUUUGGUCGUUCCACCCUUUAUGGCCAUGUUCUUGAAGGCAGCGAAGUCGAUAAGUCUUGGGCCGUUUUCGUUGGUUUGCGGAUGGGCGCUGUACCUACCAAUUACCGGUCUGAAUUUCUCCUCUUGGUCAAAUCACCGAUGAAGAUUUUGAUGUUGUGUUUUGGACAUCGAUCGUAUUCACGUUCUAGCUGCGUCUUAAAUUCUUCUUUUUCGUCAUCGGUGCCAGCUAGAUGGGGCUGUGGACGUUGAUAAUGCUGAUUUUGAAGAAGUGGCCUUGCAUCUUUAUGGCGGGUUUACAUUAGGGAGAUCUAUAGCUAUAGAUGGAUUUAUUCACGUGAAAAUAGGUGUAAACGGGUGAGAAUAAAUAUGAUACACUUAUUCGAGGUAUAUAUAACUUGAAUAAAUUCAGCAUAUGUAAACGCUUGUGAAUUUCUCACUGGUGAGAAAUCACUAAAGCUGGAUGCAGUUCUACUUUAGGUGAAUAAAUUCACCGAAAAUAUGAAUAUAUUCAUUAUAGAAGUUCACGCUAGUGUAAACGGUUGAUGCAAUUUCUAUAAAUCUCAUCAUAUUUCUUCACAUGAAAUUUAUCACUAGUCUAAACCCACCCUUAGUCUACAAAUUCUUUCGUUGAUUGGCCACUAGUUUCUGCAUCUCCCCCAUCACGAUGAAAGCUGUACCCAUCUCGUGUGUGUUGCCGCAGCUCUGGUAGAUGGUUAGCCACCUUGAAACGAUCGCACCACCGAGCCUUUCCAGGACACCUCCUGCAGCGCUACGAUGUUGAAAUUGCGGGUACUAUUUUUUCCGAAAGAAUUCGGGUACUCGUUAAGAGGUUUGUGUUUCCAAUCUUUAGUCCGUGUUUUUUGUGUCGUUCUAGUCCGAUUGUCAUGUCAAGAAUGUUUUGUGAAUUUUCAUGUGCGUUUCACUUUUUCGGAUGGCUUGCAGGGCGUGCACCAACCUCCUGUCUCGACGGAGGACCAUCGUGCACAGUUCUGUUUGGUUAUCCAAUCUUCACUAUGGUUACCCGUACCCCAAUCGGACCGCGAUGGGACACUUAGUCCAGUCGUUUACCAGUGACCUCAAGAAGCUCUAUUUCAAUUUGUUGAUGCUUUUAUUGUUACUAGGGUCCAACAUUUCCGAAAACGAAACAUGAAAAUUAACUCUCCUUUCAGUUGUUCGCUUUGAGCAGGACUAAUUCCAUAAACGUCCUCCUUCUCUUGCUACUGAAUCACAUUGAAGGCAAUCUCUGCCAAACAUGAUUCGUUCAUCAGUUAUUCUCGUUCCCAACGUUCAUCAAUUCAUUUGUAGUUGAAGCAAAUGGUUGUUCCAAUUGGCGUGACGCAAGUAUACAAAUCUGACUCUUCAUUCAACCUGACUUCACUCUACCACUACUACUCCAUCCUGACAUGUACCUCGUUGCCCGCGUACGCAAACUUAUUUUAACGUCCAUAUGAAAAGAAACGACAACUUGAUUUCUGAUGCAAAAAAGUAGUUACACCCUUAAUAGAUGGCUUCAUUCUUUACCCACCGUGAAUUCAUCCACAAAUUUGCAAAUGAUAGAGAGAGAGAGAGAGAGAAACGAAUUCAAUAUGAGAGAGGGGUCCUUUCAAUAUGCCGUGAAGUUCAUUUGGCGGUAAAAAGUGAUAUGAUCAUAUAUAUAUAUAUAUAU